CAGUCACUGCUGGCGAGCGGAGCGGCGAGGAUGUGCGCGCUCUCUCCGCGGCUCCCCACGGCACGCCGACAGCACCGGCAGCACUAGGGGCAGGGAGGCGACCCCAGGGACGAGGAGCCGUCCCCGGCCGAGCAGAGGGACCCCGAGGGGCAGCGGAGCCGCUCAUCGCCCGUGCGGAGCCCCCGCGGCAGCGCCGGAGACCGGGGCCUUUCCUCCUGCGUUGUUCUCGCACAGCCCGAGCCUUCUGCCGCCUCCCGCUUUCUGCUUUCCUCCCCCGCGCCUUCCUCCGGUGGAUAUGGACAGAAGGGGGAUCACUGCAGAGAAGCAGCAGCCGCCAGAACAUAUUUGAGCCCCGGGUGCUCGGAGCGUGGCACAGACUUUUUGUGUUUCCGUGGGUGGUGUGUGUGUGUGUGAGUGAGUGUGUGAGUGUCGGAGGUGUGGGAGGAGGGAUCGGUUUGCCUGGGGGCUGGCUGAGGGGGUGAGUGCUCGGAUGAAGACCUCUUUUUGCCGUGAUUCUGUGCUCCAUCGGGGCAGCUUGGAGACUUGGAGGGUUUGAAAUUGUAACGAACCAAGAGGAAAGAAAGAAGACAGAGACACGCAUACAAAAGGAUUUAUUUCCUCUCCGUUAGUGGAUUGCUGAGUGGGAAGGAGGGAAAAAAAAACAAGGAAACUAAAAAAUGGAGACUGUAAGUAGAAGCAGCUUCCAGCCUCAUCCAGGACUGCAGAAGACCUUGGAACAGUUUCAUCUGAGCUCUAUGAGCUCCCUGGGUGGCCCUGCUGCUUUCUCAGCACGAUGGGCACAGGAGAUGUACAAGAAAGACAAUGGCAAAGACCCCGCGGAACCUGUACUGCAUCUGCCCCCCAUCCAGCCUCCUCCGGUCAUGCCUGGUCCCUUCUUCAUGCCCUCGGACAGAUCCACAGAGAGGUGCGAGACCAUCCUGGAAGGGGAAACCAUCUCCUGCUUCGUGGUGGGUGGAGAGAAGCGGCUUUGCUUGCCCCAGAUCCUGAACUCGGUGCUCAGGGACUUCUCCCUGCAGCAGAUUAAUUCGGUGUGUGAUGAGCUGCAUAUUUACUGCUCCAGAUGCACUGCUGACCAGCUGGAAAUCCUCAAAGUCAUGGGCAUCCUGCCCUUCUCCGCUCCUUCCUGCGGGCUCAUCACGAAAACUGACGCUGAGAGGCUUUGUAACGCCUUGCUUUAUGGUGGCACCUAUCCUCCCCACUGCAAGAAGGAAUUCUCGAGCACAAUCGAGCUGGAGCUCACGGAGAAGAGCUUCAAGGUGUAUCAUGAGUGCUUUGGGAAGUGUAAGGGACUCCUGGUGCCAGAGCUUUACAGUAACCCCAGCGCAGCCUGCAUCCAGUGCUUGGACUGCAGGCUCAUGUACCCACCUCACAAAUUUGUGGUCCACUCUCACAAAUCGCUGGAAAACAGGACUUGCCACUGGGGCUUUGACUCUGCAAACUGGAGAUCCUAUAUCCUCCUCAGCCAGGAUUAUACUGGGAAAGAGGAGAAAGCUAGACUGGGCCAGCUCUUAGAUGAAAUGAAAGAAAAAUUUGACUAUAACAACAAAUACAAGAGGAAAGCCCCCCGGGUCUCUUCAGAUCCUCCUGCUUCCAAAAAGCCCAAAAUAGAUGACUCUGCUUCCCAAUCUCCAGCCUCUACUGAGAAGGAAAAACAGUCCAGUUGGUUACGGUCCUUAUCCAGUUCAUCCAAUAAGAGCAUCGGGUGUGUGCACCCCCGGCAGCGGCUCUCGGCGUUCCGGCCCUGGUCCCCCGCGGUGUCCGCGGGCGAGAAGGAGCUGCCCGGCCACCUGCCCGCCCUCAUCCGGGACAGCUUCUACUCCUACAAGAGCUUCGAGAACGCCGUGGCCCCCAACGUGGCUCUGGCCCCCCCAGCCCAGCAGAAGAUCGUGAGCAACCCCCCCUGUGCCACCGUGGUGUCCCGGGGCAGCGACUCCCUGAGCUCUGGCCAGCCCAGGAAAAGGAAACACGUGGAGCACGCGCCCGUCCCCGAGGCCACGGCCCCGGCCCCCGAGGAGGACAAGGAGUCGGAGGCAGAAAUUGAAGUGGAAACCAGGGAAGAAUUCACCUCCUCCUUAUCCUCGCUCUCCUCCCCAUCCUUCACUUCCUCCAGCUCUGCCAAGGACAUGAGCUCCCCUGGGAUGCAGCCCCCGGUCCCCGUCAACAGCUCCUACGAGGUGGCAGCACACCCUGACCCCCACAGCAGCGGCUUGGAAGCUGAGCUGGAGCACCUAAGGCAGGCCCUGGACAGUGGCCUGGACACAAAAGAAGCCAAAGAAAAAUUCCUGCACGAGGUGGUGAAGAUGAGGGUGAAGCAGGAGGAGAAGCUGAACGCGGCCCUGCAGGCCAAGCGCAGCCUGCACCAGGAGCUGGAGUUCCUGCGGGUGGCCAAGAAGGAGAAGCUGCGAGAAGCCACCGAGGCCAAGCGCAACCUGCGGAAGGAGAUCGAGCGCCUGCGGGCGGAGAACGAGAAGAAGAUGAAGGAGGCGAACGAGUCGCGGGUGCGGCUGAAGCGGGAGCUGGAGCAGGCGCGGCAGAUCCGCGUGUGCGACAAGGGCUGCGAGGCCGGCCGGCUGCGCGCCAAGUACUCGGCUCAGAUCGAGGACCUGCAGGUGAAGCUGCAGCACGCCGAGGCCGACCGGGAGCAGCUCCGCGCCGACCUCCUGCACGAGCGGGAGGCCCGGGAACACUUGGAGAAAGUGGUCAAGGAACUUCAGGAACAACUGUGGCCUAAGUCGAGCAGCCAGCCCAGCAGCGAGAGCACCUCGAGCCCCAUGGAGAACUGAGCCCAGGAGCAGCCCAGGCCUCGGAGCGGCGCCGGCACAGGGAGGGCGAGGGGGGUGUGAGUGGAGCGGUGUCCUGGCACUCGCGGCGGGAGCACGGACUCGCAGCAGUUGGAAGGCAAAUGUCACCCUCUAGAACAGAAGCACUGAAUUCUGCCUCUUUAUUUUUGGUUGUUUUUUUAUUUUGUUUCCCGAUCCAUAUAGCACAACAUCUUACUGUGCCUAGAAAACACAAAGUGUUUGUAAACAAAAUACUUUUAAGUCCACAGCGAAAUUUUCUACUGGCAAACUCCAAGCAAGCAGCGUCGUCCAGCUGAACCCAGAGUCCAAGGCGAGCAGGGCAGCGGGGUUGUGUUCUCCUGCCUGUUGGGACAUUUUGGAAUAGACAAAACAAACCAACUUUUUCUUAUAAGCUAUUUAAAAUAAUUCAUUACACAGACUUGGUAUUAAAAAAAAUUAACACGAUUUUUAUAAUGAACCUUUAAAAGCAAAACAGACAAAAAAAAAAAACACAAACAAAAACAACAAACCUUCGAUGCACAAUUUUUAAUGACUUUAUAAAGGCUUUGGGAUUCUUUGUGCAGAAGCCCCUCUCUGGUGAUGAUGCCACGUCAGGGGCAGUUUUCCAGCCAUCUUGGAAGCCAGCGCGGUUCCCUCCCAUCACGUGGGGGUGGGGGAAGUUCAGAGUGCUUUUCCAGAUUGAUUUUUUUUUUUUUCCUUAGAAAGAAUUACCUUAAUUUCCUGCCCUAAACACGGGAAGAAGGGAAGAUGCAGGAGCGUGCAGGGGGUGGGGAAGGAGGUGGUGUUGGACGGAGAGCCCCACGGGCCCCGCGCGUGCAGCCCUCGCCAGCACCGUUGGUGUGUUCAGAGACUUCAUCCAGGAGCACUUGAGCUUUGGGAAAGGGAAGAAAGGAAGGGAGGAAGGAAAUGGAUGAUCAGUUGGUAGAGGAACAAAGCAGAGACAUCUGUGUGUUGAAGUCAUCCUGAAAUCUUCAGUUUCCUGGAAAACUCAUCUUGUUGCCCAUCUUGCCGUGCGUUCAGUGUUCCCCGCUCCCGUUCCCCGCCGGGGUUCCCGACCCACAGAACACAACACCAACGUUUUUGCUGCUGUGAAUAAGCCACAUCUUUUUUAUUAAAAAAGCUUUUUGUUUUUAGAAAGAGCAGUUACUUUAAUUUGGGGUCCAAGCCGCAGCCCCGGGACACGACGCAGCCAUCACUGCCUUGGGGUGGUGCUGAUUUUUUUUUUAUUUUUUUAUUUAAACCUGCACUUUGUUUACUCUGCAUUUUAUUCCCUGUUUCUGAAGUCAAGCAUUCUAGAUCGUGCCCUGAGAGCUGUGCAAACCAUGAACCAGCCUGCCAGCACUGCCACCUCCCAUCGCCACCUCCAUCCCACACAGGAGGAGCCAGCAGGGCCAGAGUGUCCCGAGCAGGAAUUCAGCAGACCAGGGACCUGGGUCUGUGCCUGUGUGUCUGACCCAAGCUGGGCAGCAGCAGAGAUGCUCCCCAAAGUGCUUAACAAAUAAAGCUGGUGCUUUACUGAUCAAGAGAAAAGUUAUUUUCACCCCUAAACACUCACCUCUGACACACUCAAACGUGAAAAUGGGAUCUGGGGCUGCAGAUGUGCCUUCCAGCUCAUUUUUCCUCUCAGCAUCUUCUCUAGGCAAUGCUGACACUUUUUUACCUUAAGGAAUAAAAACAGAAAAAAAGAAAAAAAAAGACAACCCCCCUAUGCAUCAUCGUACCCAGAAGUUACUCUAAACGAAGGAAAUAUUUCCAGUAAUCUUUAUUUGCUUUUGGACAUUAAUGCAAACUAUGUAAGCUUCAAAAUUAUUUCCCAGUAGACAGAAAGCGGCUUCCAAUCCUAAAAUUAUGGUAUUUACUUACAGUACAUUAGAGAGAUUUUUUUUUUUUUUUUUUAAACAAGAGCUGUUUGCUUGAAACCAUUAUAGUAACCAUUAUAAUAACUGUGAGCAUUAACAAAGAAGUUCAUAUAUAUGUUUUAGGUACAAAAAAAAAAAAGAAGAAAUACAAAAGGAGUGGAAUUACUGGGACAGUGUAAAACUGUUGGGAGCAAGAAACAGUCACACCAAGACAAUGACCUGAACCUGUCUGUGGAUGCAGGGGUUGGCCCUUGUGUGUUUGGGAUGCUGGAGACUGGCUCUAGGUGCAGAUCUCCUUCUAAAGUGCAAUGCAAAAGGAAUUUUAAUUAUGCUUGAGCAGGUUUGGUUUUUGUUUUUGUUUUGUUUUUUUUAAUGUGGGGUUUUAUUUUCUUUGUAUGUUUUUUUUCUGCGAUUAUUAAAUCAUAUGCAUGGAUUAAACUCUGCCAUAUAGUCAUUAAUGGGCAUUAUUACUGUCUUAUGUAAAGGGGUCCUUUUGUUAUGCAGUAUGCAGAAAAAUGUUCUCAGCCUUAUGAUUUCCAGAGCUGUAUUAUCCACUUAUUUCUUCAAGGGAAACUAAACAACUGUGUCUGUAGUUGACCAUUUUUGUGCAUUUCGAGUCCCUCGUGCUCUGCUUUGCUGCCCUGCUGGGAAAUUACACAGAGAGCAGCCCUGUCCCCACCCUGGGACCUGUGAGAGUGUCUCUCCCCUUAUGUAAUUAAGAAUAAAAGGCAGCACGUCCAUCUCCAGGUGUUUUUCCCAGGACAAGCCACUCUCUUACCUGCACUUUCCUUUCUUUGGCCAGGGGAGCCCUGUGGCUCCCUGGGCAGGAGGGUCCCACCCUCCUGCAGGAGGGAAAUCUGCUGGAUUUUCAGAGGAGAAACCACAACAGUGAAUAUUGUUACCAACACCCAUCCCAGGAGCCUCCCCUGGGCACCAGGGCAGGGGCUCAGAGGGGCAGGAAAAGGCUCCAAACCAAAAUUACAACGGGGGGUUUCCUCCUCUGCCCCAGUUGGUCACUCCAGGAGGGCAGGACCUGACAGGGAACCCCCUGCCCGAGUUCAGGCUCCACCAAAUUUGGUCCUUGGGAGUGAAAAGCCAUUUCCAUAAAUUAACGUUUAAAAAUCAGCAAGAUAAUUGAGGUGCAAGAAAGGGGGAGAAGGAACAUUGUCCAGCAGCAGCCAAACCCCAGGAGGGGCUCACAGGGAAGGGCUUGAACUGCUGGGAAUUUCCCAAACACACCGAACAGUUGAACUGUUAUUUCUGCAGAGCAUGUAAUGCAUUUCUAAUUCAGAGUGAUUAGAAAUGUCCCUGUGACAGCCCCAGAGACGCUGCAGAGAGCCCCCCUUCUGUGGAGGUGCUGGGGGAGAGGGAGCUCUGUGUGUAAUUUCUGGGGCUGCAGCUCCUCAGUAAAUGCCACUCACAUGGAAUUCUUUCCCUGCUGCAUUCCCAGGGCUCUGCAGCCCCGAGUGCAGGAGCUGCCACAUCUCUCACUUCAUCUGUGCUUUAGUUUCCUUUAAGAAGUUCAAAGGGAGAAGAGGUGUUUCAUACAGGCUGUUGACUCUCCCUGUGCUUACAAAUAUAUUACUACUUGUAUAUUCAGUUUAAUUACUCCUUGUUUCUAUUACUGAACGAAGACUUAACGAAGGGAAUAAAAACCAACAGCAAUAACAUUCAUAUCUAUGGAGCAGCUAACUCUAUACAUAAUAUUCUGCUUUUCAAACAGAACUAGCCAAUGUAAAAAAAAAAACCAUUAAAAGUAAAUUCAACAUGUAAAUACUUUUUUUCAUUUUACACUGUUGUAUUAUAAGUGUAUAUGGUGUUUACUUUUUCAAAACUCUUUCUUACCUGGUAGUUGUCUUGUUUUAUGAGUUGUGUUUUUAACUGAGAAGAACCUUUGCUGUCUGUUAGGAAAAAAAACAAACAAAACAAAACAAAAUCUUUUUGCAAGUUUUCAAUGUGGGUUAUAACCUUUUCUCCAUCAUUUGCAUUUUACUCGUCCUUAUUUUCACUGUAAAGUAUUUUAUUACCAAAAGGUUGAUUUUGUUCCGUUCUGCCCUCUCAGCAGUCUCAGUGUUUUAGAGAGAAGUUUUUCUUUCUUAUUUUUGUUUUUUUGGGUAUUUUUUGUUGGUUUGGUUGGUUUUUUGUUUUUUGGUUUUGUUUUGCUUUGUUUUUGCUUUUUUUUUUUAAUCAAAAGAACUCACAGAAAUGACAUUUUUUCAAUUGAAGAAAAAUAAAUCUUUACAUUUAUAAUAGCCAAUAGCAUUUCAGCACAUUUUUGUUAUCCUGGUCUCUCCUAUGCUGCUGCUAAUGACAAUAUUAUGACUUACUCUACUAUUCUAGAACUAUUUUUAUGUAAGUAAUGUAUGCUUUCUUGUUUAUAAAUGCCUGAUUUAAAAAAAAAAUAAGAAAAAAGCUUGGCAUAUUUAUCUAUUUCGCUGUGUACCUUGAUAGUCCUUUUCCACCCCCUUUUCCACAUCCCCUCCCCCCAAUGCAGAUAAUAUUGUAAAAUAAAGGACUUUAUGAGAUUAUGUAUGAAAAUAGCUAUGCUUAUAUACCACAGUGACUGAAUGUACAGUGUAUAGACGCAUUACCGAAAAUAAAAUUGUUUGUCCAGAAAA